CAUGGAAUUAAUUCAGGCUCCACUUGUUGCUCGGCCCAGAAGUCGAUUGGAAUAUUAAGCCCAGGAGUUGCUUUGGGAAUGGCGGGCAGUGCAAUGUCGUCCAAGUUCUUUCUAAUGGCUUUGGCCAUCUUUUUCUCCGUCGCCCAGGUUGUAAUAGAAGCCAAUUCCUGGUGGUCGCUAGGUAUGAAUAACCCUGUUCAGAUGCCAGAAGUAUAUAUCAUAGGAGCGCAGCCUCUUUGCAGCCAGCUGGCAGGACUUUCUCAAGGACAGAAGAAGCUGUGCCACUUGUAUCAGGACCACAUGCAGUACAUUGGGGAAGGCGCGAAGACUGGCAUCAAAGAAUGCCAGUAUCAAUUCCGACAUCGAAGAUGGAACUGCAGCACCGUGGAUAACACCUCUGUUUUUGGCAGGGUUAUGCAAAUAGGCAGCCGCGAGACGGCCUUCACCUACGCCGUGAGCGCCGCGGGUGUGGUGAAUGCCAUGAGCCGGGCGUGCCGCGAGGGCGAGCUGUCCACCUGCGGCUGCAGCCGCGCCGCGCGUCCCAAGGACCUGCCCCGGGACUGGCUGUGGGGCGGCUGCGGCGACAACAUCGACUACGGCUACCGCUUCGCCAAGGAGUUCGUGGACGCGCGCGAGCGGGAGCGCAUCCACGCCAAGGGCUCCUAUGAGAGCGCGCGCAUCCUCAUGAACCUGCACAACAAUGAGGCCGGCCGCAGGACGGUGUACAACCUGGCCGAUGUGGCCUGCAAGUGCCACGGAGUUUCUGGCUCCUGCAGCCUUAAGACGUGCUGGCUGCAGCUGGCGGACUUCCGCAAGGUGGGUGACGCGCUGAAGGAGAAGUAUGACAGUGCGGCGGCCAUGCGGCUCAACAGCCGGGGCAAGUUGGUGCAGGUCAACAGCCGCUUCAACUCGCCCACCACGCAGGACCUGGUCUACAUCGACCCCAGCCCUGACUACUGCGUGCGCAAUGAGAGCACCGGCUCCCUGGGAACGCAGGGCCGGCUCUGCAACAAGACGUCAGAGGGCAUGGACGGCUGUGAGCUCAUGUGCUGCGGCCGUGGCUACGACCAGUUCAAGACGGUGCAGACUGAGCGCUGCCACUGCAAGUUCCACUGGUGCUGCUACGUCAAGUGCAAGAAGUGCACGGAGAUCGUGGACCAGUUCGUGUGCAAAUAGUGGGCGCCAGGCCGCCUGCCCCACCACCCAGCCCUGCGCCCAGGACCCACUUAUUUAUAGAAAGUACAGUCAUCCUUUUUUUUUGGUUGUUGUUUGUUGGUUUUUGUUUUGUUGUUUUAAAAAAUACUGUUUUAUUUUUUUCCCCAACAGUUGCAACCAGAAUAAUUUUUUCCCCUGUCCCCAUCUACGAACUCUGUGGUUUGUUAUUGAUAUUAUAAUUAUU